AUGCCAAUGGAGUUCCCUCAAGAUAUGGGCUCAGAUUGGCGCAAAGAAUCGACCAGUUCCUCGGCCUCGAACGGAUCUGGCAAUGACAGCAGACCUAAUAAACACAACCCUGAGUAUCCUAAGGGGCAAAGCCGCACAAUCUACCUCCCUGCUGAGCGCACCGGCGCUGUCAUCGGCAAAAAUGGACGAAUGAAACAUCUUAUCAAGGAAGUUUGCAAUGUUUGGAUGUCGAUCAAGUCAGAACCAUUCGAGCACGAUGUGACGAAGCGGGUCUGCGUGAUCCGAGGUCCAACUGUUGACAACCUCGACCAUGCCGAAUCGCUCAUCAAGGAGCUUCUGCGCGAGCGCGAAACCACUGAGAAAUCCAUAGCUUUGAAUACCAGCGACGAUGUCGGCCGUGUCAUCGGAUCCGGUGGCUCGAACAUCCAAGUCAUCAAGGACAAGACAGGCGCCUUCGUCUACGUAGACAAGGAAAACGUCCCGGCUCAGUACGCUGGCAAAUGUAUCAUUCGCGGAAACUCAGUGCAGGUUCAAGCCGCGGAGAAGCGAGUCCUGGAGCUAUUAGCUCGCCGGGAUAAUCUCCUUGAGCAAGUUGGUCUUCACAGGAACAUGCAGCAAGCACCGCAAGCAAGUUUGCCCAUUCACAAGCCGACUGGCUCGGCUCAUAAUUACAAUGAGACAAUCGGAAACAACUCGGGCUACAGUGGGAUGAAACCGGACCACAAUGGAAACUAUUUUGACAGCGCUAAAACAAAUGAUGACACGAAAAUCGGCGUUUGGAACUCAUCCAGCCCUGACACUACUUGGAACUCUCGGGAAACCGAGCGCGAACUUGUAAAACAAAGCAAGAAACGCAUCCAGGACAACAUCCUUAUCCCGCUCAAUGCCGUCGGAAUGGUUAUUGGAAAGAAGGGCAAGAAUAUCAAGAUUAUUCAGGAGACAUCCGGUGCUAAUGUCUACAUCGACAAAGAAUACACUGGCCACACAGACUCCAAUGCCCUAUGCGUCAUUUGCGGCAAGUCCGAGCAAGUCGAAAUCGCAAAAGAGAUGAUCUACGAAAAGCUCAACCAAUACAACACGUCCAAUUCCUUCCCUAUCCUCGACCCGCAAGGUUCUAUCAUCGGCACGCCGCCAAGUGACGCACGCUCCGACGGUAGCAGCGGCUUGAACUACCACUCGCCACUUAGCAGAAGCUUCAAUAGACAACUGCAACUUCAGCAACCCUCACCAACGCACCAGCAACAACGAAGCUACCCGAACCAAGAAUCUCUUUCUCCCCGUUAUCAGAACCAUGCUGCCAUCAUGAAUUCCCACCCGAACAUGGCAAUGUCGAACGCAAUGCCGCAACCACCACCUCCGAUCAAGACGCCCGAAGAGCCCCACUCGCCCGACGAGCUGGGACUCAACAAAUUGAGUUUAAACAUUCUAGACAACAACAACGACUCUUCAAAUUCGAGCUGGCUCGAUUCAGACGCAUUUAUCAAAACAGACAUGUUUCUUCCACCGCCGACUAGGGGACACCAACUCUUUGAUAUGGACACCAAGGAAUGGAUCAUCAAAUAA